AUGUGCGCUGUUGGGGAAUUGGACGGUGCCUUCUGUGAGCUGGUCCAGUGCGCCUGUCCCGCGGGGCCCUGCAGCCUGAAGGUGGAGGUCCCCUCCUGUGCUGUGGGGCUACUGCGCUCUGCAGAGGACCUGGCCCCCGAGCUGCUUCCCAGGACAGAUGUCACCACGGGGGUCCCCAUCCAGUGUGUCACUGUCCUGAGAUCUGAGGUUGUGCCCUCUCCCCACAGCCCCCACGGCCUUCCUCCCGGCCCUCCCUGCACCAUCAGCCUCUCCACGCUCCGGCCUGGGAACCAGCAGCUCUGGCCCUACGCUCAGUGUCCCGCUGCUGCCUUCCCAGCCCUGGGCCCUGAGGACGCUGCGGAUCCUGUCGCCCCUCGCUUCCCAGAAGCUGAUGCUCAGGCACUUCCGAGUCUGCGGUUCCGGGUUCAAAUCACUCCUGAAGCUGAUAGGUGUCUGGUGAUGGACUUCGGGGAUGGUUCUGGGGUUCAGAUGAGGACCCACCGUGCUACUGGGGACGUGGCUGUCACCACCUUCCACCGGUACAGGAGAGAAGGUGUCUACGCGCUCCAGACGGUCCUUUACAGCGAGUCUCACGGAGCUGAGGUGCGACUUGGACCUUACUACGUGGAACUGGGCCCCGAGGCCACAUCUGUGUUCCUGAAUGCCAGCAGUGGCCUCAGGGGCCCCAUGUGUGCCUUCGGGCGCUCCCCCACGGAUCUGAGAAGCACCACCGUUUCCCACCAUUUUCCACCCACUUCCUCCUGUAACGUGUCCUUCGCCUUGCAGACCCACGUGGGGGGCAGGCGGGCCUGGUCCAGCAUGGCCGUGCGAUAUCGGAUGCAGCCCGUCUCUGUCUACACCAAUGGAACUGUGUUUGCCACUGACACCGACAUCACUUUUGUGGCCGUUACCAAGGAAACCACUCCCCUGGAGUUCACGUGGUUCUUCGGAGCAGACCUGCCCGUGAGGACCAGGCGCAGUAGCAUCCAGAGAAGGCUCGGUGUCCCCCAGUGGUACCACGUGGUGGUGCAGGCUUCCAAUGGAAUGGGCAGUGUGGCCUCGGAGCCCCGCCGUGUCCAGGUGCAGAGGAGAGUGGUGGCCAGCGGACUCGUGGCCGCGGACUCGGCUCUGGUGAACACUCCCGUGACCUUCCAGUGCAGAGUCAGCUUCGGCACCGACGUGGCUUACCGCUGGGACUUUGGGGACGGCACUGGUGGCCUGGGGAAUAGCUCUGCCAGCCACGUCUACAGCAGGGAAGGAGAGUUCACGGUUGAGGUCGUCGCCUUCAAUGCCGUCAGCACCGUCUCCCUGAGGAAGCGCCUUUUCGUCGUGCGCAGGCCCUGCCAGCCGCCCCCUGUGAAGAACAUGGGGCCGGGGCAGGUGCAGGUGUGGCGGUCCCAGCCUGUGACCCUGGGAGUGACCUUCGAAGCCGCCAUUCUCUGUGACAUCUCCCAAGGCCUCUCCUACAGCUGGAGCCUCACCAACUCCGCGGGGUCGCCGGUGCCCCUGCCUCCUGCCAUCAGCACCCACAGGCAGACCUUCACUGUCCCCCACUACUUCCUGGAACCCGGGAACUACACUGCGCUGGCCCAGGUGCAGGUGCGAGGCAGUCCCGUGCACAGCAACUAUUGCGUGGGAGUGGAGGUGCGUGCCCGGGCACCUGUCAGCGUGAUCUCUGAGGGCACACACCUGUUCGUCCCCAGGACCCCCUUGUCUACCAUGGUCCUCAGGGGGUCCCUGUCCUAUGACCCCGACAGGCCCGGGGCCACUCUCAGGUAUCACUGGGCGUGCACCCCAGCCAGUGCCCCCGGCCGCCCCUGCUUCGCUGGGCCCUCUGCACGCAGCCCGGAUGCCGGGGCACCCACCCUGUCCUUCACAGCGGACUCUCUCAGCAGUGGCUACGACCAGUUUCUUGUGACAUUGACGGUGUCCAGCCAUGGCCGGAACUCUUCCGAGGCGCAGGUGUUCCUGUCCACCCUCCCUGACGUGGCGCUCAGGCGCGUGCACAUCUCCUGGGAGAGGUUCCGAGGCAUCCCUGUGAACUGGAACGAGGAGCUUUCGCUGCGGGCGGCUUGUGAAGACUGCGGGGAGGCGGCCCUCUCUUACUCCUGGGACCUCUUUUUGGUCAACGCGACAGGAAGGGACAGAGAGGAAGUUCCCUUUUGCAGAACCGUGGGGCUGCUGGGCUCCUCAGGAUUGGGGUCUGUGUCGAAGCUUCCCGAGUCCUACCCACGGUCCCCGAGGCCACGCCGGGCAGAGCCCCACGCCACGCCUAUGCCGUUCACACGGGAGCCACGGCCCUGGACCCUGGACCGGGCUGACCUCUCAGCCACGGGGAGAGCCUCCGUGGAGUCCACGGUCCCCGCACCCCAAGUUCCCGCUGCUGGUGACCCUGUGGCCCCAGAAGGGGAUCCCUGGGACGAGGGGUCCCUGGGGAGCCCAACCCCCCACCCCCCUGGUAAGUGCUGUCCCCUCACUGGUACCUGCCCUCGCCCUGGGGGUGCCCUCCGGGCCUGGUGUUCGUCUCUGAUGGGCCUAGGAGAGUCGACUGAGCUAGGCUCUGCCCACACCACCUCCUCAUCCUUCCUCCCCAAUGACCAUGGGUGCCCGGUGUCCCCGCUUUCAGGUGGGACAGGAGCUAGUUCGGUGCCUAGAAGCGUGGCCACUCAGGGUCAUGGUCCUGUGCCCUGGCAAAGGCCUGCACCCCAGAGUCCCAGCGUUGGGGUUGUUGCCCUACUCGUUGGGGGAGCAGGGACAGCGACUGCCUCCCCACUGUCCCAUGUACUGGGCGUGGCCUCUGGGGGUUUUGUGCCUGCAGAGCAGGGCUGGGGCCCUGAGGUGGCCCAGGGCGACGUGUGUGCUCCCUCGGGGUCCUGUGUGUUUCAGGGGAGCCUGGUUUACGGGAAACGCUCUCAUUCUGUCCUUCACGCAGACUUUGAGGCCUAUUACAGUGACAUCCAAGAAGCGGAGCCCUCGAGAGGACGGCAGCCGGCUGCCUGGACCAGCAUGCACCUCUCAGCGUCGGGACCCAGUGCCAGUGAGGACGGGAGCCGUGGGGAUGGGGACAACCUGGUGGGCCCCUUCCUCCCGACAGCCAGUGCUCGGCCUGCACUCCUGGUCGACUGGCCCAAGUCCCCCGUGAGCCGAGCCGUUUUUCAGGGCUACACCGCGUCCGGGAUCACGGGACAGACGGUGACAGUGAAGCCGCACUCACUGCGCCCUGGAGAGACAUACGUCCUGCAAGCAGCGGUGGCUUCGGGGUACAGCUUUCUAGGGAAGGCUCAGCUGUAUGUGACCGUCAACCAGGCUCCGCGGGAUGUGGCCUGCCAGGUGCAGCCCCACCGCGGCCUCGAGGCAGACACCGUCUUCAGCGUCUUCUGCACGUCGGGGAGACCGGACUUCCGCUAUGAGUUUGGUUACCAGAUAGGAAACGCCUCCAAGUGCACCCUGUACCGUGGGACAGACGCCCAGCACUACUUUGCACUACCAGCUGGGGAGCCUGUGGACGGUUAUCAAGUCCUGGUGUCCACUGUGAUCACCGAUGGUGACGGCUCCCAGACGCAGCCCUGUGCCGUGGCGGUGACUGUGCUGCCCCGUCUCCAUGGGGACCGCUGCCCCGGCGAGGAUGUGUACAAUGCUAGCCUGAGGAACCUCUCCACCCUCCAACAGAUGGGCAGUGACACGGAAGUCAGGAACUAUGUCGCCGUGACCACCGGGGUCCUGAGUCGCUGGGCUAGGGAGGGCGGGAGCCCCUCCUGUGGCCAGUGGUCCCGAAUCCAGGACGCGUUCAUUUCUUCAAUCUGCAGAUUAGCUCCCCAGGACCAGGAGGAAGCGACCGACUCUGUCCUCCUGCUGAGGGACCUGCUGCGCUUCCCCAACAAGAUGAGCCUCGCAAGCGCUCUUCUCAUCCUCGACUGCGCGCACACGCUGCUGGCCCCCGGCCGGCCCCCCGCAGGCUGCGCGGUGGAGGCGGGCCAGGUGCGGGAGCUCAUCCUUCUCGUGUCCGGGGUCCUGGAGGCCAGCGACCACGGUCACUCAAGGAGCUCUGGCCGCCUGCUGGAGGAAGGUGCUCAGGUCAUCGCAGACGUGCUGCUGACGGCACCUCCUGCGCUGCCUGCUCUGCGCCCACGGCGCUGUGCUCGUGGCCCUGGCAGCCCCGCAUGUAGUAGUCAAGGUCUUGGCUCCCUGGGGCUGAGGAGCCCACGGAGCCAGCUGUGGGCACAAGUGGGUGGAGCGUCUCAGGAAGACGCACCGACACAAAAGCAGCUCGCAUCCCGGGCACAGGGCUGCCCCGUCCUGGGGUCCAGUCCUGGCUCAGGCCUUUCCAGGGGUUUCCGCCUCUUGGGUCUGAUCCGGAAGGUGGUCCCGCCCGUCAGUAUCGGACCUGUGCUGUUCCAGAGCUGCCUGUCCUCACGCAGCGAGCACCGGGUCCACGUGAGCGCCGGGCAGACGGAGGUCCAGGCGCAGCUUCAUCGCCACCCUCAGAGCUCCGUGCAGAGCCUGGGCCCCGUCCAGGUGCGCCUCCCUGCAGACUUGGCCAGGUGGGAGCCCAGCCCGUGCUACGCGAGCCAGCUCCUGCUCUUCAGGAGGAGCCCCUUUCUGCAGGGACGCGCUCCCGGCCAGGUUGGUGCUCUGCUGGCCCUGUCCCUGCACCGCUGCUCCAGCCGAAGGCCCCUGCACAGGCCACGGCUGAGGACGCCCGUGACCGCGGAGUUCGGGGAGGAAGAUGGCCCGGGUGACAGGAGAAAUGAAACGACGUUUGUGCUGCUUCGGGAUAGAGUGAACGUCCACCACUUCGCUGGGCUGUCUGCAGCCAGCCCGGAGGCCCUGCAGAUCCGAGUGGAGUUCUCCCAGCCGGCCGCCAGGGCGUUCCCCGUCAUGUUGCUGGUGAGGUUCUCCGAGAAGCCGACUCCUGCCAACUUCCUGCUGAGGCAGCUGCACCUGUGGGAGGGGCUCACGGCGCACGUCUCCGUGCCGGCGGCUGUGCUGGAAGGCCACACCCAGGGGUACCUGUCCCUGUUGGAUGCGGACUACGACAGGGAAUCUCCCAACAGGUACUUGGCCGAGACCGUGAGCUACGUGGUGCGUUUCCAGGGGGUCCACUGCCUGCUCUGGGACCCGCGGCGGGAGCCUGAGAGUCUCCCCCCACAGCCGGCAGCUCCCCCGGGGAAGGUGAACUGCAGCUACAACCUCCUCGCCGCCUACUCCAUCGCAAGGAGAAGCCUGAACGCCAGCUUUGAAUCCAGGGACAUUGCCCAGUUCCGGGGACGCCCGGAAAACCUGCUCCCCAGUAUUUUUAUUGUGGCCAUUACAAUUCUUUAUGCCCUUUUGGUCACUAAAAGCAAACGUAUGGAUCGUCGUGAGAAAAAGAAAACGGGUUACAUUUUCCUGCAAGACAGUGCCCCGCCCAGUCACCAGCUGUACGCGGUUGUCGUGGACACGGGCUUCCGGGCUCCGGCCCGCUUCACUGCAAAGGUCUACAUCGUUUUAUGUGGUGAAGAUGGACUUUCAGAGCCCAGAGAGCUCUGCUGCCCAGAGAAGCCGCUGUUUGAACGGAACUCCAGACACACCUUCGUCCUCAGCACUCCGGCUGCGCUGGGCCCGCUCCGGAAGGUCCGCCUGUGGCACGACAGCAGCGGGGCCUGUCCCGCCUGGUACGUCAGCCACGUGAUGGUGAAGGAGCUGCGCCAGGGACGGGGGCGCUGGUUCUUCCCCGCCGAGUGCUGGCUGGCCGCGGGCAGGCGGGACGGCCGCGUGGAGCGGGAGCUGGCCUGUCUGCGCGGGGGCCUCGGCUUCCGGAAGCUCCUGUUCUCCAGGUUCACGGAGCAGCUGGAGGACCUCCACGUGUGGGCCUCGGUGCACAGCCGGCCGGCAGGCCGGGGCCUCCUGCACACGCCGCGCCUCAGCGUGGCCUUCGCCCUGCUGUGCGCCUACGCCUGCCUGGCGGCCCUGGUCACCACCGCAGGACACGGGCAGCUCCCGCCAAGUGUCGGCCCGGCCGGCGUCCCCCUCGGGUCCUUCUGGACGGGCUUCCUGUGCACCCUCCUGGCUUCUCCGGGGGCACAGCUCUUGUCACUGCUCUUCAGGCUCAGCCAGCGAAGCGCACCGGCCGUUCUCUGUGGGGGAGCCCAGGCCCAGAGCGCAGCCAGCGGCGAUGGGGCCACCCAGCCGCCCCCUGAGCUGGAGGCCUGCGGGGCUGAGCUUGGCCAGUGGGCUCUGGGGGAGAAGAGAGACUGCAUUCCCGGUUUACAAGCCCCCAACCGUGCGUUCGAAGGACACGUCACAACCCCGUGGCCAAGGGCGCCGCGGCCGUGGUUGCGCUCUGCAGCGUGGGCCAUUUGCGGGAUGGUCUCUGUGGCCUGUGGCGUGGGGACGGUGUUUCUAGGAUACAGGUUCGGCCCCACGCAGUGCGGGCAGUGGCUGUGCCUGCUGACCAUCUCCGUGACCUGCUGUGUCUUCGUCACCCAGCCCCUUAUGGUGGGCCUGGUGGCUCUGGGCUUCGCUUGGAAAAGGAGAGACGACGAGAGCUUCUUCACUGAGUCUUUACAGGAGGCCACCGAGGGCCUGGGCACAGGCCUGGCGGGGCUCUCCUGCACCCACGUACCCCACGCGCCCUGCUGCAGCCGUCCCCGCGGCCCAGGCGUGGUUGAGAGACUGGAUGUGACCGAGACUGUGUCGGGGCCCUACCAGCGUGGCCAUGGCCACGGGACAGAAUUAGGCCUCACCCCCUUGCUCUGCAGCCCCAGGCCCACGGCCCUCUCUUCCCCACAGGUCUUGGCUGGGCAACAGCGAGCUCGUCGCCUGCGCAGGGCACAUCCACCGUCCACAGCGUGGCUCAGGGCCACGCGGGAGAGGAUGCGGAGACAGACGCGCACCCAGGCAGUGCUGAGGGACACCUGCAUGUCUGUCCUCAUGCUGCUCCUACACCUGCUUAUAACCCACGCGACUUCCCCCCGGGAUGAACACUCUCUCAGCCACGCCAUCCGGAACACCUUCGCCAGAGGUGCCAGGAGCUCCUCCGGCAGCCUAAGCAGCGUGGAUGCCUGGUGGGACUGGAGCCUGACCACACUGCUGGAUGGUGUGUACCCGGUCGGCGUGCCUGGCGCUCAGCCUGGAGCUCUCGGGGGAACAUGCUACCUCAUAGGGCCGGCAGUCCUUAAGCAAAUAAAACUUUCUCCUGGCCCUUCAUGUGAGCUUCCCAGGCCUCUCUCCGUGCUCCCCGAAGACUCUCUACCUACGUGUCACCCCAAAGUUAGAGGCUCUGAAACCCCCUCUGUGACCAACGCAGAGACCCAAAGAGUGGCCCCAAGUGACCCCACAGCCUGCAGGGAGCACUGUGAGCUCAGCCUGGGCAGGACAAGGCCCGCAGCCCGCGCCGUGCUGACUGGCCUCAGGUCUCGCCGCUGGGUGGAUCACCACACCAGGGCCGUGUCCGUGCACUUCGUCCUCUACAACCCCCCCACCCGCCUCUUCUCCCGCGUGUCCCUGCGUGCGGCGCUGCUCCCGGCCGGGGGCCUCGCCCUUUCCCCCCUCGUGGAGUCGGUCACCGUCGUCCACAGUGACCCAGCCCCACGGUACCACCUGCUGCUUCCCCAGCUGGCCUUCCUGGCGCUCACCCUGACCCACCUGUGUCUCCAGCUCUUCCGCGUGGCCGAGGAGGGCGUCCGUGGCUACUGGAAAAAACCCGGGGCCUGGCUGGAGCUGCCCCUCGCCGGGGCCGGCCUGGCCUGGUACGCAGCCUCCGGCCACCUGCUCUCUCUGGCCGGGGAGGUGACCGACCAGUUGCACAUGGGGCUCCUGCGGGGCUCUGUGGACCUCAGUCCCAUGGCGUCAUGGAAUCAGAGGGCGAGGUGGCUCCAGGGAACCCUGUCGUUCCUCCUGACUCUGAAAUGCCUCCGUCUGCUCGGCUCUCACAGCGCAGUGGCGUCCUGCAUCUUCGCCACACGCCGCUCCCUCGCGGGCGUCCUCGCACCAGGGCUGGCGGGGGUCCUGGUGCUGGCCGCCCACGCCCACCUGCGUGGGAUUCUGCUCCUUACCGUGGCUCCUCCAUCGGGCACCUUCGCAGACGCCUCCCACCGUUUUCCAGGAAGCAGCCAAAGAGACACGUUCCCGGGCCUCUCCAAGGUGGAGGGGCGGGCCACGGCUGGGCUCUGCACAGCCCUCCUGGCAGCAGUGACCGCUCUGUGGAUGGGAAUGCUCAGAGGUUCCCUCAUGGCUUUUGUUCCCAAACGAAAAUCUUUUCAAAGCCAAUCUCUUGUGAGACUUGCAGACGUGAUGGCCUACGUGUGGGGGGCGGCCUGCUCUGCGCUGGGGCUGGAGAGGCGGCCGCCGGAGGAGGCUGAGCCAGCCACGCACCACAACCCCUCCCUGGAUGAGUUUGCAGACCUGCUGGAUGAGCUGCUGCUGAAGAUCGACAGUCUGUCCGCCCGCCUCCCCCUCCCUCUCCCAGCGCAGCCGCCCCGGGACGCGCCACAGGCUGGGGCCAGGGCAGAAGGCAGCCCCUCGCUGGGGGCUUCUGAUGACCAGGCUGCGGGGCCCUCAGGCAUCGAGAAACCGCUGCGGCCUGGGCUGUGCUGAGGUGCUUACAACACGGGUCUCCUUCACGCACGAGGAACGCCAGGCCCCCAGAGGUGCCACUGGGCCAGCUCCCACGCGCAGUGAGAAGCCACGUGGAACCAGGUUUACGUGUCAGACUUGUCCAUCCGGGUUGGAGGCGGGUGGGACCCACUCGGCUCUUUCCCGGCUCCUCUGCCAGGCGCCCUGGAGCUGCGAGUGGGAGGCUCGUUUGUACAUCCGCCUAACUGACUCUCUCGGUAUCAAAGGCUAAAAUCUUAUUUGGCGGAAUUUCUAUUCUGUCUAUUGAGUCUGAUCGUGCAAGUUAUCUCAGAAAUCAAAUAAAUGCAACGAAACGGGCCAGGAUGGAAGUCAGAUCGUUAAAUGAGAUUUUGAAAUGAAGUCCUCGUUUUGUAAAGUUAACAAUUGAAUCCUGCAGAUUAAUAGCUCUCAUUUUUCCUGAUUCCCUGAUUCCACAUGAAAUGGUUAUGCAGACGAACACUUCGAGUUUGGCUGGGCUGAUGUUUGAAACUUUAAAGACCUGCAGGCUCGGAUCAGAAUUUGCU